CUUGAAAGUCUGAAAGUGUCUGCUUGUGGCAAUUAAAUGAAUAGAGCCCUCCCUCCCUCCGUGUCUUAUUCACAGUCAAAGAAAGAGGGAAAGCACACACCACCUCAGUGCUAAUCCUCUUGGGACUUUCCUCUUAUAAAAUAAGUAAUCAUUAGUGAUAGACAUUAGAGUAUUAAAGUGCUAGAGAAGAGCUGUGGAGAAGCAACAAUCCUACUGAGUGAAACACAAAUCCACUGACAAUGAGGUUCACAGCCAUGCAUAUACUUCUUUGGGUUCUAACUGCACUCACUCUUACGACACAAGAGUUGGUGACAACAAGUGUGAGUCCCAAUAUUACUGCAGAGCGUGGCAAACAGGUUACCCUGGACUGCAACGUGUCCUCAUCUCUAAAUGGAUUAUCAGUCAUUCGCAUGCAGUGGUGGUAUGGCACAUCACUUCUGUGUUCUGUGGACAGUGACGGAAAUAUAACCCCACACAGGGAAAGCACUCCAAGCCUUUUCCAUUGUGAAUAUAAACAUGGACAAUUGUCCCUCAUCUUUGAAAGAAUUGUGCCACUGGUGUGCGGAAAGUACACUUGCAAACUACGUUCUGAUAGGGGAAUGGCGAAUUCUGCUACGUGGGUGGAUUUACAAGAGUGUUAUGGGAACGUUGAGGACGCUUCUUCUGGUGACAAACACACAUGCACCUUCCACCAUGUCUACCCAGACGGGGAUGUGCACUGGUUUCAUGGCUCCCACAAUCUCUCAGACUUGGCUAAACACACCACAACCAAACAAGUGGACAAUGAGGGUUGGCUGACUGUCCGUAGUGAAAUGCUGAUGAAACAUUCAGAUAAGCCCUACAACUGUUCCUUGAUGAACACGAAAUCUGGUAGAUACAUUGGGAGCACUUUGAUUCAGAUUUCACGUAUGUUGUACACAGAUCCAGUCAGAAAUGGAGUUGAAUCACAGGGACAUGUGUGGACAUUUUUGUGUAUUUCAAUCAUACUCGCUGUCACAAUGAAAUAAUGAAUUUUCCAGUAAAUUCCCGUCAUGGCGUGUGAUAAGAUGCACUGAUUAGGAACAAGGAGGAACAGUGAGAUACUGAUAUUUCUGUGUUUUCUUUUAAAAUCUAGGUCCACACUGCCAGUUAGGUGAGGUGAAAUUACACACCGAUGAGGACAGGGGUUUAAAAAACCAAAUACACACACAGAUAGAACACACAUACAGAAACACAUGCUCAUAUAACUGGAAAUGUUUAAGGAGUCAUUUUGGCUACUGGUUAAAUUCAGUUCAGGAGUGGCCAGUGGGUUUAAAAUGUCUGACACAUGUCCACUAUGUGUCUGUCUAUUGAAUGUUUGUUUGUGUGACUGCUGUGUGAAUGCAGUUGACUGCACACAUGGAGCAUUUAAACUAUGAAAAGAAAAUCUGUCCGUCUUGAACAGAAUGAAUGGACUUUAAAAGACACAUGAAAUCCCCUUCAGAAACAAAGAAGCAUUUCUUUGCAAAAUAUCAAACAGUUGGAUAGAGAAACCCUGUCAUGCAACAACUGUCUGUGGUUUGUGGGCGGAUGCUGCCCUCUGAUGGACUAAUUGUGAUCUGUAAGACGUGUGGCUGCUGUACAACUCUUUCAGAAGCAGUUGACUGCACAAAUGGAGCAUUUAAAAGGUUUUACUUUAAAUCAAAAUUAAACAAAAAAAAGACUACACACCCUCUGAGAUUUCUGAUAACCCUGGGUACAUUGGAGGUGAAUGGUUUGUGUUGCACUAAGUGUAAAAAUAAGAUUUUCUGUAGAAAUCAGUCCAGAUUCACUGAUAAUCACUUGAACAUUUGAGUUAUUCUCUUUAACAUGUUAAUCAACAAGAUUUUUUGUAAUAUAUAUAUAUAUAUAUAUAUAUAGUGACAAAAUGGGAUGCAUAUUUAGUGAUGAUGACUGAAAUAAGAAAAUGCUGUAUUUUGUACUGAUUCAGAACAAUCUGCGUGAUGGACCUGUUUUGUGAUCUAUUACGUUAUGACUAAUGUGAACGCUGCUUGCAGGCAUGUUGUUGAUUUGUUUUACUAUUGUAUUGUAUCUUUCCUGCUAGAUGCACAACAGAGUUUACUGUAAGCUGUUUUGAUUGUAUAAAGUUGCUGAAAAAUAAAUAAUAAUAACCUACUGUAAGCUUUCACAAUGGGGCCUUAAAAGGGAAAUAAAGAACAAGUAUAAA